AUGCUAUCUAUCUAUCUAUCUAUCUAUCUAUCUAUCUAUCUCUAUAUAUAUAUAUAUAUAUAUAUAUUUUUCUUUUUUUUGUUUUAUUUCGCCUUUUUCAUUUUUGUAACGAUUUUCUUUCUUUCUCAUCUUGUUCAUAAAAUCGUUUUAAAUCUAUCUAUCUAUCUAUCUAUCUAUCUAUCUGACUGGAUGCCAAAAAAUAUCAACAAUCGCCUCCUCAUCUAUCUAUCUAUCUAUCUAUCUAUCUAUCUAUCUAUCUAUCUAUCUAUCUAUCUAUCUAUCCCAGUCUGUUCAUUAUCUAUCUAUCUAUCUAUCUAUCUAUCUAUCUAUCUAUCUAUCUAUCUAUCUAUCUAUCUAUCUUCAUCUUUCUCUUUCUUUCUUAUUCUUUUCAUCGCUUUCUUUCUCUCUAUCUUAUUCACUUCUCUCUAUCUAUCUAUCUAUCUAUCUAUCUAUCUAUCUAUCUAUCUAUCUAUCUAUCUAUCUAUCUAUUACUGUUGUUACAAUCUAUCUAAUUCACUUCAUCUCUCUCUCAGUAUAUAUCUUAUUCUCUUCAUCUCUCUCUCUCUCUCUCUAUCAUAUUCUGUUCAGCUAUCACAUUCUCUCUGUGUUUAUCUAUCUAUUUAUCUAUCUAUCUAUCUAUCUAUCUAUCUAUCGAGAUGA